AUGCAGACGAUUGCGCGGGCCAGGGUGUCUGUCCGGGCGGCGGCCUCCACCACCGCUGCUGCAGCGCCUAAGAAGACUCUGCAGCCGCUCAACAUCACCAAGCGCACGCUCAUCGACUCCAGUGGCGGGAGGGCGGUCAGGAACAUCGACGGCGAAAUUUAUGAGGUUGUCUACAACGCGGGCAGCGAUUCGGUGAAGGUGGUGUGCAAGUCUGCGCUCAAGGAGUAUGCCGCGGAGGUUGGCAAGGACAGCCGCAUCUCCAUCAUCCUAGAGUCGGCCACCCCCAUCGCUGGCGGCCCGCCCUCCUUCCCGCAGCUGCAGGCGGUGCUGAAGUUUAGCGGCGCCGGCCCCGAGGCCAUCAACGGCCGCGUGGCGAUGCUGACCGUGCUGGGCGCCGCUGCUGCGGAGCUGGCCACCGGGCGCACGCUGCUGGAGCAGGCGGGCACGGGCGCGGGCGCCGCCGCCGCUGUGGGCCUCAUGGCCUUUGUGACCGCCGCCUCGCUGGCGCCCGCCCUGGCCGGCAAGGUGCCCACCACCCGCGUCUUCCCCUCCACCACCGACUCCUACCCCGACCAGCAGAUGCCCUACUUCUGGACCGCCCUGGCGGAGACCAUCAACGGCCGGGCUGCCAUGGUCGGCGUGGCAGGCAUCAUUGCCAACGAGCUGAUCCGCGGCGCCCCCGUCUUCUGA